GGACUCUAGUUUUUUAUAUUUUUUUCCUUCCCCUGGGUUUACCUUGGCCCCUCGGAACUCUCUCCGUCCCGAGUUUUACCCCCGACCAUGUUUGGAGCCGGCAAGAGAAAGAUUAAACUCCCCGCGCGAUACGCCGCGUCUCCUGCGGAGGACGACCCUGAAUGGCUUUCGACUCCAACAGACAACCUCGCGGAGCAGCUAGACAACGAAAUUUUAGACGUUUCCAGACGCAUAGAGCAAAUGAAGGUCGACAUGGGCCUGGAAAACCGGACGGAAUCCACGUCUACCCCCCUCCCCACGCACGGCGACGUCAUCGGUCAUCGGUCGACCAUCCCAGAAGCCCUUGCGCAAGAUCCUCAAGAUGGCCGCCACCAGCGCCUUUCAACAAGAGCUCCUAAGCCCAUCGCCCCACCGGAUGGCCACUAUCCAACCUUGCGUGAGGUCCGGGCGUUUCACAAGGCGCAUAACGACCCGUCCACUUUCACACAGCAUUUCCCGAGGCAGACAGGCGGGACUCACGUCGCCGAUACGAUCCGAAGCUCUGACGGACGUCCCAUGCAGUUCAACCUUCAAUACGUCUCUGACGAGGACGCGCACCCGCCGGCCCAAGAUCACAUAGCCGCUUCGGGUACCCUUCACGUCCAUGCCUGCAAGUUCUGUGCCAGACACAGACCUGGGGUUGAUGCUGGACACCCUGCCAAGUUCUGUCCUUAUAACCGGGACCGCGGCCGACAGGGCAACCACGCAGCCGCAAGGGACACUCUUGCCUGA